AUGAGGCGAGGACAAGACCGGUGCUGGAGCGGUAGUCAGGCCAAUUCAGCUGGAAAGUGGGCAGAUGGGUCGAUGCUCAGGAGCAUCAGUGGGUUGGGAGACAAUCUUAUCAGAGGCGGAAAGAGGCGGGAGAGGCAAGAGGGAGGUGAUAAAAGCGCCUCUUUGCCCAAUGGGCAGAUGGAAAUAUGGCUCAACUGCAAGCGUCUAGGCCUAGUUGGCCGAGACAGAGGCUUCGGCGCUGGAGACGAAAAUGAUGGACCUCUUUCGGGGGAGGGUGGAAUAAAUGGCAUGUUUGGCCUGUAA